CAUUUGGCCCCCUCUAGUCCUCACUUUCCUUCUUCAUGGUUUCUGCCGGUCCCCUCCACCCCUGACGUUCCACUCUGUGGUCUCUCGCGCGGUGCUAUCUGGGAGCCGGGACGCGGGAGCGGGAUGUGGAGGCUGUCGGGGCUGCUGAGCCGAGCCCUUCACCGUCUCCAUGUGCUGAAUGCUUCAAGCUCUGUCCAUGGGAUCCCAACCCUCCCUGGUAAUGAGGAGCUCCGGAAUGCCACCUCAGCGCUCAAUGCUGGACAGACUCCAUCUGAACAGAGUUAUUUACUCUCACCCGGCUGGCAGAGCGGACGGGGUCGAGAUGGCUGGGAGCAAGGGAAUGAGCAGCGAUCCUUCUUGAACCUGCAGCCUCACUACACAGUCCUGGAUGCCUUCACCUGGGGCGCACUAGCUGUGCUUGCUCUGCAGUUGGCCAGGCAGAUCCCAUGGCUGAGCCCUGUGCCAGGGGCUGGAAGAGAGGAUGGGCAUUCCCGGGUGGGUGGGCUCCUCUCUUCUCUGCUGCCUCAUCAGCACUCAGUGCCAGUUGCAGGCUCAUCCAGUUGCAGCAGUAACCAGAAAGUGCCCUGCUUCCUGCUGGGAGGGAUUCCAGACACUGCGCCAGAGACUCCAUCCCCUGGCAUCCCCUCAGGGCAAGGAGAGCACCAGCUCUGCCCAGAAACAGGGGAGCGUCCAUUCCCUGAGAGCUGCAACACCAGCCUGGGGCCAGCCCACUGCAGUGCACAGGGGCUGUCAUUUUCCACUCUCCAGGGGAAGCCAGCACAGCAGGAAUGCCUGGAGGAAGCAGCUACCCAGCUGCAGCAGGUGUUCCGGGUCAGCGUUUCCAUUGCACUCAAUAUCCUUGGGAUUGAAAGUGUGAGUAAUGGCCACGACAGGGCAGCCUAUUCCUGCUUCAAGCUGGCAGCAGAUCGGGGCUACAGCAAAGCCCAGUUCAACGUGGGCCUGUGUUAUGAGCAUGGAAGAGGCACGGAGAAAGACCUGGCAAAGGCGGCCCUCUAUUACCAUCGUGCAGCCAGCAAUGGGCACCCCAUGGCCCAGUACCGCUAUGCCAGGUUCCUCUUAUGCCAUGGGCCCAAAACUGAAGGAGCUGACAUGCAGAAGGCAGUGGCUCUGCUGGAGCAGGCAGCCACAGCAGGGCUAGUGGAGGCACAGGCCUACCUUGGGGUGCUCUACAUGAAAGGGCUGAAGUCUGCAAAGCAGAGGGCUCUGAAAUACCUGUGGCUGGCAGUGAAGAAUGGGGAUUCCCAAAGCAGGUACCAUGUUGGUGUUUGCUAUGAGAAGGGCUUUGGAGUACACCAGAACUUCACAGAAGCAAUGGAGCAUUACCAGCACUCGGCUGCUGCGGGAAACAGACAUGCUCAGGAGAGAGUGCGAGUUGUUGAGCAGGAGAUGGCACCCGCAGAGAGCAGCCAUCCAGCACCUUCUGGAAUGAGAGCGUUCUCCUCCAGCCCCUGCCUCUGGGUCCUGGAGCAACUAGCAGAGCAGCGCCAGGCUUCUCUGAUGGGAUGUCGUGCUUUAUCCCUGCCCCACUCCUGGAGCACAGGCAGUCUGGCGGGGGCUGACAUCAGCUGACUGAGAUGGAAUCCAGCCCCGGAACACACGGGUCCUCUGCUCUGCUGCCUUCCUCCUUGCUGGUCAGCUGAUCUCCAGGCUGGGCUUCUUGCUCCCCCACCCCCUGGCUGCAUGCUGGACCCUGAUACACUGCAGCCUGGCUCCUGCCCCUGUGGGAAAGCUGGGGAACAAGAGGCAGCUGUGGGUAGUUCCCAGUCAGGCAGGGACACAGAAACCACAGCGUUAGUCAUCUGGUGCAACACCAUGGGGGAUGUGGGAGAGAAAUGCUGAAUUCUAAUGCAUCUUGGCAAAAUGUAUUGGUCCACAGCUGUGGAGUCAUAGAACCCAUGAACUCUGAUUGAGAGGAACAGGGCAAGUCUCACCUCUCCAAGCUGUACUUUCAGUCUCUCUGAAGACUCAGGCAGGCAUUACUGUAUCAGUUACACUUGGCCACAUUUAUGAGGUUUUCGUCACAACCAUAAAGGCUAAAAACAUUUUUAUUUUAAAUAAAAUUGAAGAUUCUGGAGCCUGA